AUGUUAUGGAAAGUGAUGGACAACCCUGCAGCAGAUGGCAGUCGCUCGACCUGGAUGGACCAGAAUGGCUGGCCCACAUCUUCAUCACAAGGACUGGUCAACAACCCGCUCACCAGCUCUCAGCAUCUCCGCCUGCAUUCGCUGUGUGAUCAGACAUCGUUUUACACCCAGCAGCAGGCGUCUGGUCAGAGCUGCAUGUCUUCAGUAGAGAACAGUCAGAACGCUGCUCACCUGGACACAAUACCAUCAAACUCCCUCUUUUAUAGCACCCCUAAUCCUAGUGCUCCUCACUUGAUGUCCUUUGCUCAGCAAGUCCCUCACACAUCAUCGAUGCAGGUAGCAACACGCCGGGGAAAGUCUAUGUCCCCGUCAUCGCUUCCUCAACCAAACCAUGCAACUCAGCCCUUUAUGUCCCAGAAUCCAACAUCUCUGUCAGCUAACAACUCUUAUGAAACGUUUCAGACCCAGUUGCUUAGUCAGGGUUUAGCAAACAGACUUCCUGAUCAGUCCUUCAACAUGACCUCAUGUGAGCAGAAUGUAAAUAUGUCACAGGCCACAUUUGGAAGAUGCAAUGUGGAGUCUGCUGGGCAAUCUUCCAACUGCUUUAACUCCUCCACAUCCCAGCAGCCGGCUCAGUGGAUGCCCUCGUCUCACACAGAAGGAGCUGUGAAUGAGUCUGUCUCUGUCGACAAAGUCCCGUCCCGGGAGACUGACCGUGACAAACGACGCUCACUAGUUUUAAAUCGUGCACAACUACUUCAACAGCUGGAGAACAUCAACAAGCUUCUGGAGUCCCUGCCUCCAGAGGACAGCGAUGAUGAACCAGAGCAGGAAACGGCUUCACGGACUGAAGCUAGGGAUGUUCAACAAGGUCAGGCGCAAGAAGAGGAGCCUCAGAUAUCAGCAGAUUGUUCAUCAUCUGGUGACGUAGAGCCAAGAUCACCAGCAUCACCAGCGCAGUCAGAGGAAAUGGCUAAAGACCGUAGUGGUUCAGAGGAGGGCGAUAAUUCUGAUUACGCACCCGAAAGUGACGGUCAUGUUUCCGAGUGCCAGUCUGAGGCCUCUGUCGACUCAGAGGGUGGUCACAGCGACCCACCAAGCCCCACAAACGAGGAAAAGGACGAGUCGGAGGAAGAGAAAAACAGCAGUCCUCCAAAAAAUAACUGCAAAGGAAAGAAGAAACGGCUUGAAGAAAUUGUAGUGUUACCAAAAGAAGAUGGGAAAAAGGCCCGUUCUGAUGAAAAGAGGAACUACUGCUUGUUUUGCUCCAAGGCCGUGAUCAAAAUGGCGAGGCAUCUUACAACGUUUCAUUGCGAACAAGCUGAAGUCGCUGUUGCGUUUAAGUAUCCCCCACACUCCAUCGAAAGGAAGAGAAUAUGGAACAAGCUGAUAAAGAAGGGAAACUUUGCUCACAAUAAGGAUGUUUUAGAAACGGGAGUCGGACAGCUUAUCGCGCGAAGAAGAAUGAGCACCCCGGCAAAAGCAGCAGAUUUCAUUCACUGUGCUUAUUGUCACGGUCUCUUUCUGAGGAAGGAUUUUUGGAGGCACAUGAGAAAUUGUCCCGAAAAGGUUAAAGAAGCAGAUGGACCACCGAGAAAAAGGAAGCUCAUCUCAUCACAUUAUGUGCUUCAGAGUCAAAGCUGUGAAGACCUAAGCGAGGGCUUUAAAAACCUCCUAUGUGAGAUGCAUUAUGACAGCGUGACGCAAGCGGUCAUGGAAGAUCGAGUUCUCCUGCAGUUUGGAGAGCAGAUGUUUAGUGAGUCCAGUGACGACGGGAAGAAUAAUCAGUACAUAAGACAAAGCCUUCGACAGGUAGCAAGACUUCUGCUGGAGGCCCAAAAAUCGACUCCAAUACAGACUCUGGAGGAUUUCUUUCAGCCCUCUAACUUUAAACAUGUGCUGUCUGCCGUGAAAUCCAUCGCAGGGUAUGACCCCGAGAAGAAGACCUUCACCCUUCCAUCUCUGGCCUUUAAGGUUGGUUACCACCUACGAAAGAUCUGCAGCGUUGUCGAGCAUAAGGCUGCGGACUCGGGUGACGCCAAAGCAGUGGAAGCCUGCGAAGCCUUUCAAUCGUUGUAUCAUAAGAAAUGGAAUAAGCACAUUUCUUCUUGCGCUUUGAAGGACAUCAAGGAAUCCAAGAGGAAAAAUGAACACAAGCUACCGUUGGCUGAAGAUGUGAAACUCCUGCAUCACCACAUGGAGAAGGCUCAUCAUGCUGCUGAGGAGAAACUCAAAGAGAACAUCUGUAGAGAGAACUACGUUGCUUUGGUCAAGGCAGUACUGGCUCGGACCAUUGCUUUCAACCAGAGGAUGAAUAAAGAGGUCGCUUCUAUUUCAAUAACAGCUUUUAGGUUCCGGAAAAAGACAGACGAGCUGGAUGACAUAGACGAAUCCGUCUCGGAUUUGGAAAAAGCCCUGUGUGGAUACUUUAGCAGGGUUAGCAUCAAAGGGAACUGUGGGAGAAUGCUCCCUGUUUUACUAAAGCCCUCGUUUGAGUCGGCAAUCGAACUCCUGAUCAGCGUUCGAGAAGAAUGUGGAGUUCCAAAGGACAACCCGUUUGUGUUUGCGAGACCAACGUUGCUGUCUGCCUACAGAGGCUCGGAUAGCUUCCUCAUAUACCUCAAAGAAUGCGGAGCUAAAAACCUCUCGACCCUGAGGUUUGUCAAGACGCAUCACCGUUUUUCAACAAUGCUGCAGCUGUUGCACCUGAGUGACGAUGAGAAAAAACAGAUCUUUGGGACCAAUAAUCCGAUCCAAACCCUUCAACAGGAAGAUGUGACGUGUGACGAUGUCGACACGGAGUCUGAAGCUUCACACCACAAAGCCCAUCCUAAAUGGGACGAAGCAGAGGUUCAGGCUGUCGAAAAACACCUGAAGGGUUUCAUUGAGGAACACAAGCUGCCUCAGAAAGACGACUGCCUUCGGUGCCUGGAGGCUGAGCCGGGUGCACUGAGGAGCCGCUCGUGGAAAGCUGUGAAGCACUAUGUCAGAAACCGGAUCACAGCUCUGCAAAGACAGGGCAGCUCUUCCGAAGCUUCACGGAGAACCAGGAAGAAGCGCCGACUGGAGGGAUCGCAGCGGACUUCUGUGAAAUCCCAACGUUCUAAGAGACAAGUUGUCACAGAGCAUCCCAGAGGAACCUGCAGUCCCACCAUUGAAUCAGGAGAUUUUAGUCAAGAACGGGAAUCUGGAGAGACGAGUUCCAACAAAACGUCUGAUCCCAAACCCAACAGAUCAAGAGAAAAAGGCUUGUGGCACAAAGCCAAACCUAAAUGGGACGAAGCAGAGGUCGUGGCUGUGGAAAAACACCUGAUGUGUUUCAUUACUGAGCACAAGCUGCCUCAGAAGGACGACUGCGUGCGGUGCCUCGAGGCUGAGCCGCAUGCCCUGAGGAACCGCUCUUGGAAAGGUGUGAAGGACUACGUUAGAAACCGGAUCACAGCUCUGACGAGACAAAGGGGCUCGUCAAAAAAGUCAAAACGGAGAAGACCCGGCAAACUGAAGGAACCGCGGCAGAGCGCUGCAACAUCAGAGCCUUCAAACAGUCAAGAAACUGUCACCGAGCGUCAAAAUGUGGACACCGGUUUAAGCUCUGAACCAGCAAAUCCUGGUCGUCAACAAAAACGGAGAGUAACGACAAAAACGACCGCUACUCCCAAGUCUGACCAGGCAAAAGGCUUGCAGCAGAAAGCUAAACAUAAAUGGGAUGAAGAAGAGAUCCGUGCUGUAGAGGAACAUCUGAUGCAUUUCAUUAAAAAGCAGAAGGUUCCUCAGAAGGAUGACUGUGUUCUGUGUCUGGAGGCUGAGCCAGAUGCGCUGAGAAACCGUUCCUGGAAAGGCAUAAAGGACUAUGUCAGAAACAGGAUUACAACACUGCAACGACAAAGUGGAUCCUCAACGAAUUCAGCAAAAUAUUACAGAUAGGAGCAGGAGGAACUACAGAGUUCUGGACUUUACCAGCGGUUGCUGAUUUGUUUUAGUGUUGAUGGGACAACUUCUUACGUUUUUAUAUUUGGGUUCAUUUUUAAUCAUUAUUUUCUAUAAAGUCUUGUCUAUUGUUGCACUGUUUUAUUUUUUUUCUAGAGGAGAAUUUAAUUCCUGUUUUUGUGAUUGUUGGUUUACCAAUGUUAGCUCUGACACGUUUUACUGAUUUUAGUUUAACACUGCUCAAAUGAUGUUGUAGUCCCUGAUUUUCAGAUCCAAUCAUUGAUAUUUACAUUAUGUACUUUAUUCUGUAGAAUUUUACUUUUUGUAGAGUUGACGCUUUUAUUGUGGAAAAUAGCGGAAGUGUCAUGUUAGCUUAGACAAGUGAACGACGACGAGAUUAUCAUGGGACAUGUCUAAUGUUUCACUGCUCCAGGUGGCCAAGUCAGUGUCCGGAUUUGACUGACAGAGAAAACAUCAACAUGAUUAGGCUUUCAGCAUAAAGCCAAGCUUAAAUGGGACGAAGCAGAGGUCCGAGCUGUGGAGAAACACCUGAUGCGUUUCAUUACUGAGCACAAGUUGCCUCAUAAAGACGACUGUGUUCGGUGCCUCGAAGCUGAGCCCCGGGCCCUGAGGAACCGCUCCUGGAAAGGUGUGAAGGACUACGUCAGAAACCGGAUCACAGCCCUGCAGAGAAAUAAUGGCUCUUGGAAGAGUUCA